AUGAAGGCCGCCUCCGACAAUGAAAAUGAGAAGCACGAUGCAAUUGACUACGAGGUUGAGAAUGCGCAGGAUCUGCGGCGCACGGCGGCUCUGACCAAGAGCGUGCUCUUCAAGAUGGACACGAGGACCAACGUCGGCAACGCCAAGAUACUCGGCCUCGAAGCCGACCUCGGCAUCUCAGACGAGCAGUACUCGCAAGGCCUCGCCGUCUUUUACGCCACCUACAUUGCCUGCGAGCUCCCCAGCAACCUCGUCCUCAAGAAAGUCUCCCCCCGCAUAUGGCUCCCCUCGCUCGCCGUCGCCUGGGGCAUCAUCACAAUGUGCCUCGGCUUCGUGCGCUCCCUGGCCAGCUUCGCCGCCGUGCGGGCCCUCCUGGGCGUCGCCGAGGGCGGCCUCUUCCCGGGCAUCGUGCUGUACCUGUCGGGCGUGUACACGCGCGGCGAGCUGGCGCUGCGGCUGGGCUUCUUCUACGCGGCGGCCUCGCUCUCGGGUGCGUUUGGGGGCUUGCUUGCCAGGGGCUUGUCGGCAAUUGGGCCGAGCGGGGGGUUGGAGGGUUGGCGAUGGAUCUUUAUUGUCGAGGGGCUGCUGACGGUUGCUUCGGGGUUGAUUGCUUUUGCUGGACUGCCCAACGACGUUGCCAGCGCGUGGUUCCUUUCGACGGAGGAGAGGGACUUUGCCGCGCAGCGACUGGCAAACGACAGCGGAGGACGCUUCAACCCAGCGCGCGAAGCCGAGGAGUCGUUUAAGUGGUCCGAAGUCAGGCGCGGCAUCUUCAACGUCCAGAUCUGGCUCACGUCGACGGCCUACUUUGCCCUGCUCUCGGGCGUUUACUCCUUUGGUCUUUUCCUGCCCACGAUUGUCAACGACCUCCACAUCACGACGAACGCGAACAAAGUCCAGCUCUGGACCGUCAUCCCCUACGCCGUCGCAACUCCCACCACCAGUUCGUUCCCCCCCAUCAACAUAAAACCAUUGACAUGCCCCCUCCUCGUCGCCUUCGUCUCGGACAGGGUCAAGCUCCGCGGCGCCCCUAUGCUCGUCAUGCUGCCCGUCUCCAUCGCCGGCUACGCGGCCAUUGCCCACGUCCAGUCCGCCGGCGCGCGCUUCGCCAUGACGUGCCUCAUGGCCAUGGGCAUGUACAGCUCCGUGCCGUGCGUGCUGGUCUGGAACGCGAACAAUUCCGCCGGGCACUUCAAGAGGGCGACGACUUCGGCCUUGCAACUAGCCGUGGCCAACUGUGGAGGGUUUGUCGCGACAUUCAUAUAUCCCAACAAGGACGGGCCCGUCUACCUCAGGGGACACUCUGUUGUCCUGGGACUCUUGUGUUAUGCCUGGUUCGCUGUGUUGGCCAACCUGCUUUAUUGCGCCAAGAUGAACCGAGACAAAAAGGAGGGCAAAUACGACCAGUACACGGGCUGCGGCGACGACCGCGACCCUCAAUUCGACAUGAUUCUGUGA